UGAAAUGAAAUCAAAGAAAUAAAUUAAAUGGCCCUUGUGCUUUGGCCGUGAACUCUGCAAAACUUCCUUUCUUUUGAGCUAUAACUACGCUUUCUCUCAAUUUCAUUGCAAACCUACCCCUCUAAUUUGAUUCAAAUAAAAUCUCUUUCUCUGUCUUUGUCUCUCUAAUCUUUUUCUCAAAUCUUCAUCACCAAUCUUUUCUUUUCAUUUUCAUCCUUAUCAUCUUGAUCUUCUAGCUUAAAUAUGGAAAACAUUACUCAAGAAUCAAGAAACAAAAAGAACCCUCAAGAAAAUCCAAACCCAAAAAUUCAAGAGUCAAGAAACAAGAAAAACAAUCAAGAAAAUCCAAACCCAAAUAUUCAAGAAUCAAACAAGAAAAACACUCAUGAAAAUCCAAACCCAAAAAUUCAAGAAUCAAGAAACUCGAAAAUCCAUCAAGAAAAACCAGACCUAAACCUAAACUUAAAACAACCCAAUACCAAUAAGAAGGCUAUUGUUUGGGAUUGUGACAGUGCUCUUUAUGAUUCUUUUGAGCUUAAAUCUUUUGAACGUCAACUUUAUUCUGCUAUACAUUCAAGAACCUUAUCCAUGCCUCAUUUACCUGACCGUAGAGUAGCAGAGACGGCGGGGCCGGUGGCGGAGACAAAGAUUGCGCCACUUCCUCCUCCUGCUGUAUCCAAGAAAGGCUCGAAGAUUUCACGUUCGCUUAAUAAGUUUAUUAAGUCCGUGUUUAAAUCUAAACAAAAUAGUAGCGGAUUUUUUCGUCUUAAGGAUCGACCCGGCGAUGAAUACUUCGUCGUUUACGAUAAAUCUGGUGCGCUUUCUACUAUACCUGAAGCUCCUGAGAUUGAUUUUAGUGGGUUUUCGCCGGAGAUUAAUUCUCUGGUGAGGAGAACUGGCGGGUCGGAGAGAUUCUCGGCGACUUCAGUGAUCGGUAUUUCAUGUGCCUAAUAUACGUAAGGAGUGUAUAUUUAUAAAAAUAUAUUAAGAUUAUUAAUCACUAAAUUACUAAUGACUUCUUUGUAAUUUUGCUAGAUAUGUUUAAUGAUACUAAUUUUAUGUUUUUUA